CGUUGCGGCUUAUUGCAGGUGCUGAAUUGCUUCGGCCUACGUAUUAAAGCAACAUGCGCCGACAACGUCUUUGAUCCUGUCUUGUUCUCAAAAUUCUUUGCACCUGCGGUUCCCAAGCAAUCCUGUAUUUCCCUGCGUAAAAGCGUACUCGUCCUGGUCUUCCUUGUCUGAUCUCAUACCGUCGGGUUACUGUUGGCAGGACAGAAGAUCGAUCAUGGCACCACCUCUUUGUGAUCCCGAACACUACAAAGAGGCUAACUUUGCCUUCUACCGCUUCGCCCCGUCUGUCGCGGCGAAUAUUAUCUUUGUGAUCCUCUUCGGCAUUUCGACACUCCUGCAUACAUUUCAAAUGUGGAUGACGAAAACAUGGUAUCUCUGGCCACUUAUCGUAGGCGGUGUAUGCGAAGCGGUUGGAUACAUCGGAAGAGUCCUGAAUGCAGUUGAAGACGAAGGGUGCUGGAAUGUUGGACCAUAUGUGAUACAGAAUACACUGAUUCUCCUCGGACCCGCAUUUAUGGCUGCAUCCAUCUAUAUGAUUCUCGGCCGCGUUAUCCUGCUUACUGCCGGAGAGCACCAUGCCCUAGUCAAGCGAAAGUGGCUCACCAAAAUCUUUGUUUGGGGUGAUGUGGUUUCGCUCUGCACACAGUCGAGUGGUGGUAGCAUCAUGGCCGCUGACGAUCUUUGGCAAACGGGCGAAAAGGUUAUCAUUGUUGGCCUUUUCGUCCAGCUUUUCAUCUUCUCCUGCUUUCUCAUCAUUGCGAUUAACUAUCAUUAUCGUCUCGCCAGAUCCCCAACACCUGAAUCCAACAAUCCUAACAUUCGGUGGAAGUGGUACUUAUUUACACUCUACCUGACUGGAGGUUUGAUUCUCGUCAGAAGCAUCUUCCGAGUUGCUGAGUUUAUUGACGGCAACCAUGGAGCUCUCAUGCGAAAGGAGGCCUAUGUCUUCGUCUUCGAUGGCUUUUUAAUGGUCAUAGUGCUUCUUUGGAUGAACUGGUUCCAUCCAGGCGAGAUUGGCUUAUUACUUCGUAACGAGCUGCCUAUCACAAACGGACUUGAGUUAAUGAAGAUACGUCAGGGGCGAAAACGAUGCAACACGAUGGAAAGCCUGAACUUCGAACGUCCCCUAAUCGGCCGGUCGAAUGGAGCUGCGCAGCAGGCAGCUUAAUAUGUACUACUACGGUCAGAAACAGAUGCUGGCGAGGUGAAUGUGAAUUUGUGAUAACUACAAAGCACAGAGAAAUGUUGGAUUAUUUUAUUAUGUGG